GAAUUCUCCUGGGACUUCCUUGAGUCACACACAGCAGCCUCUCCCUGCACGGGGCACUAUGGGGCUGAGAGUGUGCAAGCGGAUCUGCCCCUGCUGCCCCCCCUGCCAGGGCACUGAGCAACCAGACCGGGGCCCCUCAUCCAAAUUCUACCCUCCCCCUGCUGGCAAUCUGCCACCCUCACUGCCGGGCACAAGGGGGAAGGGGCAGGGAACCCCACAGGUUACGCGGUACAAGAUGCACCUUACGGGCACCAGUGGGCAAGGCUGGGCACCCAGUGGGCAAGGGAAGGAGAACCCGGGCUUUGUUCCCCAAGAUGAAUUGGACAAUCCUAUGAGGAUGGAGCCCCAACUUAUCCAUGAGCCCCAACAUCCAUCUCCUGAGCAACCCAGUGUGGGGGUCCUGCACCCCAAGCAGCUGAGUAGGGCGGCCAAGGUCUCCAUGUACAGCUACACUGCCCGCUCCCCUGGGGGCAUGGACGUGCAGAGGGGGGACCGGCUGGAAGUCAUUGGCACCAAGGGGCCCUGGGUCCUUGUACAGAGAGAGACUGGCAGGGGCCCGGCCCAAACCUGCUACAUCCCCAAAAGCUUCUUGGCCGACGCGGGGAGUCUGGAAGCCGAGGACUGGUACUUCGGGGGGAUACGGCGCAUGGAUGCCAAGCGAUUCCUCCUGCAGGAGCCCAAUGGCAGCGGCUCAUUCCUGGUCUGGCACAGCGACGCCUCCUAUUGGCUCUCUGUGCGUGUGGAGCAGACCGUUCGCCAUUACAGGAUCACUCAGGCCCAGGGGGCAUAUUACCUGGUGGAACGGGCGGCGUUUCGGACCCUGGGGGCGCUGGUUCUGUACUAUCAGCAGCAGAGCGAUGGGCUGUGCACUCGGCUGGGCAAACCCUGUGUGUGGCUGGACGUGCCCAGGAUGCCCAGUCUGUGCCACACAGCCGUCGAUCAGCUGGAGAUCAGCCCCAACUCCAUUGAGCGAAUCAGGAAAUUGGGCAGAGGGAGCUUCGGCCUCGUCUGGUUGGGCAAAUGGAACGGAACCACCCAGGUGGCAAUUAAGGAACUUCAAGUGACGGCGCAGUCGCUGCAGAAGUCGCUGUACGGGGAGGCAGAUACAAUGUGGAAGCUGAGCCACGAGCGGCUGCUGAAGUUAUACGCUGUGUGCCUGCAGGUCUCCCCUGUAUUCAUUGUCACUGAGUAUAUGGAGAGGGGCACCCUGAAACGCUACCUCCGGGAUCAUCAGCAGAACCGCAACCUGGAGCUCCAGCAGCUCAUGGACUUUGCUGCACAGAUUUGCCAGGGGAUGGGGUACAUGGAGCAGAAUCUUUGUGUUCAUCGUGACCUGCGAGCGGAGAAUAUUCUGCUUUCCGCCAUGUUGUCCUGUAAAAUUGGAGACUUUGGAUUGGCUCGUUUCAUGGACAGCUCAUCUAUUGCCAUGUCCGCAGACGCUAGAAUCCCAAUCAAGUGGAUGGCGCCAGAGGUUUUCUCGGAGCAGAGAUAUUCCAGCAAAUCGGACGUGUGGUCGUUCGGAGUGUUAUUGGUGGAGAUUGUGACCUAUGGGAAGAUGCCGUUUCCAGAGAUAACCAAUGAGCAGUACGUGAGGGAAAUGCUGAGGGAGGGGGGGACCCUGCAGCCCCCCAGGGACGCUCCCGACAACGUCUCCUACAUUAUGAACAUGUGCUGGCGCCGAGCGGCCCCCACCCGGCCCACCUUUGCCGAGCUGGAGCGCCUCAUCAUGGACCUCCUGACCUUCAGUGAAGAUGUGGUGCAGUGACCAAUGGGAGAGGGGCCCACCCAAGGCAUGAUGGGAAGGGACCAUAACAUGGCACCGGGGGCUCUAACACACGGAAUUCCUAUUUCUCUGAACCAAAGUGGCCCCAGGGCCCAAGAUCCUGAUCUGCAAUGAGCCGAGGGGGAGUGGCUUAGUGGGCGUGGCUUCUAUACCCUCCCCGUCCAAUCAAAUCUGCCCAGUGGGGGGGGUUAUUCUGUGCCAAUGGGGGGACCCAGGGGCCACAUACAGACAAGACAAGAGCAAUAUCAGCAGGCAGGAAUACUGGCCACCUGUUUGAAAGGGGGCGGGUAGGG